UGUUUUGUAUGUAAUUAAAACAAAAACCGGGCCGAGUAAAGCUUGGCAACGUUUCUCCUAUGUCAAAAAUAAAACCUUUAUAUUUAGUUGUCCUUUACAGUUACAAGAAGGUAUUUUUGUGUAUCAUAUUAUGUACACUUGAUUGUUAGGCUGUUUGAGAUACAGCCGUGUUGUGUGUGUGUUGCCCCGGCAAGCUUGACUGUAAGCCGCCAUCUUGAAUUCUCUGUCAACAAGCUGAGCACGAGUGAAGCAGCCUGAUCACUGAGCCUGGGCUGUUUUUCUUUAUGUCAUGUGUCGACCUGCCAGCUAAAAAUGCUAGAGAUGCAAACUGAAAGCUACAAAUAAGUCACAUUGCACGUGUUUCAUUUAAUCACAAGGGCGUGAGAAUGAAGCCGUGCGUAAGUUUGAUCAGAAAUGCAGUCUGGAACUGCAGACUCCAGGUGAGCCAUAGAGCAGUUCAGACAAACCCAACAGUCCGGACCCUGUGCAUGGAAACAAGGAACAAAUGGACCCAACCACCUGGCUGUGAUACUGGAAUAAAAACUUUCAACAGUCUCACCAAACAGAAGGAGCCUCUGGUCUUGGCCCAAGAGGGAAGAGCCACCUGGUACAGUUGUGGACCCACCGUUUAUGAUCAUGCCCAUCUUGGUCAUGCAAGCUCCUACGUCAGAUUUGACAUCCUGCAGAGAAUUUUAACGCGGCUAUUCGGGAUAAACGUAACUCAUGUCAUGGUCAUCACCGACAUUGAUGACAAGAUCAUACAGAGAGGUUUUGAGGAGAAGAUCUCACCGCUUGUGCUUGCCAGAAUGUAUGAAGAGGAGUUUAAAAGAGAUAUGCUGUCCCUGAAGGUUCUCCCACCAGCUGUGUAUAUGAGAGUUACAGAGAACAUACCUCAGAUUGUAGCUUUCAUUGAAGGCAUAAUCAGAAAUGGCCAUGCUUACAUAACAAGCCAAGGGGACGUCUACUUCGAUACUCAAUCCAUUGGCAGUCGUUAUGGCAAGUUUAUGAACGUAGGAAAUGCUGCUGGGGAAUCAGGGAGCAAGGAUAAAAGGGACCCCCGAGACUUUGCCCUGUGGAAAGCUUGGAAGCCCCUUGAACCUUUCUGGGAGUCUCCAUGGGGAAGAGGAAGACCUGGCUGGCACAUUGAGUGCUCCACUAUUGCUAGCUCUGUGUUUGGGAGCCAGUUGGACAUUCACUCAGGAGGGAUCGACCUGGCCUUUCCUCACCAUGAGAAUGAAAUUGCUCAGUGUGAGGCCUAUCACAAUUGUGACCAGUGGGGGAACUACUUUCUGCACUCAGGGCACCUACAUUUAAAAGGCAGCACAGAAAAGAUGUCCAAGUCCUUGAAGAAUUAUAUUACAAUAAAGGAAUUCUUGCAAUCAUAUACUGCCAAUGAGUUUAGGCUGUUUUGCCUGUUAGCCAAGUACAGAUCAGCUAUUGAUUACAGCGAUGCUAGUAUGAAUGAAGCUCGCUCUGUAUUAUCCUCCAUCUUUGACUUUAUCCACAAUGCACAGGCCUACAUGCAGGGGCAUCUACAAUGCCAAGACAUAAAUGAGAGCUUUUUAUGGGAGAGAUUAUCAGUAACACAGGCCACAGUGCGAAAUGUACUUGCAGACGACUUCGACACACCAAAGGCAAUGGACUCGAUCAUGAGCCUCAUUCAUCACGGAAACUGUCAGCUUCAGCCUGUUGUCAAGAUUGAUGGAAGUUCUAGGAGUCCAGCUGUGUUUGGCGCAAUGCUGUCUUACAUCAGGGAUAUCCUGGAUGUCCUUGGAGUUGACUUGGUGGAUGAAAAGGAGUCGUGCAGUGCUAAAUCAUCCAGUAUUUUACACAAUGUAGUGGAGCAGCUGGUGCACUUUCGUAGCGAGGUUCGAAACUUUGCUCUCUCUGUGGACGACGAAGCACAUCAGGACCAUCCCACCAGCAAACUGCCUCACAGAAAGAAACCACAGCGAGACCGGCAGCCCUUGCUGAAGGCCUGUGAUGCCCUUCGCAAUGAUCUAAUGCCCUUGGGAGUUCACAUUAAGGACAGAGGAACGAACUCCACUUGGGAAAUCAAACUACAACAGAAGGAGAAUAGAGACAAAGAAAUCUAACCUCCACUCUAGUCAAGUAUUAAAAAAUGGAUUAGUUUUUGUUGUUGUUAAUUGAUCUAAUGUUAAUUUUAUUUUAUUAUUAUUAUUUUUUUUUAAUGCUUAAAGGGUGAACAGGCUUUGCUUUCUUUGAGGCCACUACUGACUCUGUCAACUGUUAAUGCAACACGUUUUGAAUCAUAAGUUAUUUUAUGUUCCAUCUGCAGAAUAAACAUUGCUUAUAUUCAGCAGA